AUUGGAGCUCGGUGAGUAUAAGAGGUUGCCGGGUCGGGUGUUACAAGUCGCACGGUAUCUCUCAGGUCGCAGGCAGGCAGAGCAAGAACGGUAAAAAAAGAAGCGAGAGAAGAAUGAAAAAGAGCAAGUGGGGAGAGUAAAAAAGUGCCGAAGGAGAUUUUCGCAUGGGGGUAGAUGCACUUGCUGUCUAGGAGUAUUUCUUCUCGUCUGCGUUUCCCCCUCCCCUUGUUGUUAAUUUUGUUGCUGCGGGCGCCUCUCGCUCACUCCCCUCACCUGCUCGAUCCUUCCCCGAUCAUCGCCGAUUCAGCUAUUCACAAUAAUAUUUUUUUAAUUUCAACUAUGUCCAAGGCCAGAGUUUAUACGGAUAUUAAUGUUAUUCGCCCCAGAGAAUAUUGGGAUUACGAAUCUUUUACUCUUCACUGGGGUGAUCAGGAUGAUUAUGAAGUUGUUCGAAAAGUUGGAAGAGGAAAAUAUAGUGAAGUCUUUGAAGGGAUUAAUGUCAACAAUAAAGAGCGGUGCAUAAUUAAGAUUCUUAAACCAGUAAAGAAAAAGAAGAUAAAGAGAGAGAUUAAAAUCCUACAGAAUCUUUGUGGGGGGCCUAAUAUUGUCAAACUCCUCGAUAUUGUCAGAGAUCAGCACUCAAAAACUCCUAGCCUGGUAUUUGAGUAUGUGAAUAGUACAGAUUUCAAAGUUUUGUACCCAACUUUGACGGAUUAUGACAUUCGUUAUUACAUAUAUGAGCUACUCAAGGCUUUGGAUUUCUGUCAUUCACAAGGCAUAAUGCACCGAGAUGUCAAGCCUCACAACGUUAUGAUUGACCAUGAGUUGCGAAAGCUCCGGUUGAUUGACUGGGGUCUUGCUGAAUUCUACCAUCCUGGUAAAGAAUAUAAUGUUCGUGUGGCCUCAAGGUACUUUAAGGGGCCUGAACUUCUAGUUGACUUGCAAGAUUACGAUUACUCUUUGGAUAUGUGGAGCCUUGGCUGCAUGUUUGCUGGAAUGAUAUUUCGCAAGGAACCUUUCUUCUAUGGUCAUGAUAACCAUGAUCAGCUUGUUAAAAUUGCCAGGGUUCUUGGAACGGAUGAAUUGAACGCUUAUCUGAAUAAGUAUCAUCUAGAACUUGAUCCUCAACUUGAUGCUCUUGUUGGGAGGCAUAGCAGAAAACCUUGGUCCAAAUUUAUUAAUGCAGAUAAUCAGCAUCUAGUAUCUCCAGAGGCCAUUGAUUUUCUUGACAAGCUCCUUCGCUAUGAUCAUCAGGACAGGGUCACAGCAAAAGAAGCAAUGGGUCAUCCAUAUUUCUUGCAAGUGAGGGCAGCAGAGAGUAGCAGGACGCGAGUGCAGUAGCUUGUAUGGUUAAAGCAGGUUUUACCUCUGUAAAAUUUGUAACCUAUUCUUCAGAGUUGUACAUGCUCAUGCAUGCAUUUGUAUUGAUGCCAGUGUUUUGUGAGAAUAUGUUCUGCGUAAUUCUUUUACAAAUUAAAAUAUGUUCUGCAUAUUAGUUGGUCAUCAAACGUAAGCUGAGUAGUGAGUAUACAGGUUGAAUUUGUUUUGUUGGCGAAA